UUAAACGGACGGAAUGGCUAACAUUCCGGCACACUGAUUCCUGCCAUCAGUUCUUGUGCAAGCGUGUACGAGUACGGUAACCCGUACGCGCAUACGUCAGCGGCAUUUUGGCGUAAAAAUCAAUCAAAGAACAAAUUUCUCAAGUUUCUCAAAGAUUUGUUCUCAAGCGGCAGAUCACGCGCAGACAUUAAAACCCCCAAAGCAGAGCGGCAAAGUGAGACUCAAAAAUCAAGAAAAAAAGAAAAACGUCCAAAUGAUGCACGAGUCCAGAGCGGGGCUAAGCAUAUCUCAGUAGUGGCGGUGCAAAACCAUCAACAAUGUCGGGUGACGGCAGCGUGGAGACAACUACGCGGCACCUUAAGGCGGGUUCCGGUUCCGGUGAAGGUAGCAGACAGCAGCAGCAACAGCAGCAGCAACAACAGAAGCGGCAAAAGCGAUUAUCGACGGGUACAACGCCCAAGAAGCCGAACAAAGCUGGCAACAAUCUUGGCCUAAUGACAGCUGGCAACAGCAGCAGCAACAGCAACAGAGCAAGCGGAAGCGGAAGUGGAAGUGGAAGUGGGAUUGCAGCUGCAAACAUCCAAUCGUCCACAAAGGUAGGCACCAUGACGACAGUGACAGCAACGCCAGGCAAAGCGACGCUCAGUCACGUUCACAGCCAUAGCCAUGGACAUGGUCAUGGCCGGGGUCACGGACACGGCCACGGGCACGGGCACGGGCACGGGCAUGGACGGGGCGGCAGAAGUGGUCGCAGUGCUGCUGCUGCAGCUGCAGCUGGAGCCAGUGGCAGUGGCAGUGGCGUUGCUGGGCCCAGGACAGGUCAGUGCAACGUUGAUGGUUUCGCGGGCGGAAUUGAGACAUACUUGGGACUCAUCGGAUGGCGCAAGAAGUGCCUGUACGCGCUGCUGCUGCUGCUGAUGCUGCUCAUUGUCACCAAUCUGGUGCUCACCCUCUGGAUAAUCAAAGUGAUGCAGUUCUCAUUGGAGGGCAUGGGACAGCUGAAAAUCUUACCCAAUGGCAUACAGCUGUCGGGCACAGCGAUAAUUAUGGACAUGCUGCGCACAUCAACAAUCCGUUCGAGGCCUGGCCACCCCCUAUCGAUAGAAUCAUCACGUAAUUUUUCAAUCAAUACACGUGACGCGAAUGGUAUGAUUGAGAAUCAUUUAUUUCUGGGACACGAUAAGUUCGAGUGCCUGGCGGCGACAUUUCGCAUCAACGAUACGAAUGGACGAAACCUAUUUUCCGUUAAUCGAAAAGAAGUCACAGUCGGUGCGCACUCGCUGCGGAUCGACGGCGAGGGUGGCGCCGUCUUCAGGGCCUCUGUGCAGACGCCGCAUGUGCGUGCCGAGCCGGGCCGGGAGCUGAGACUUGAGUCACCGACGCGCCAGUUGAAGAUGGCAGCGGCCAAGGACAUCAAUUUGCAGUCACGUGCGGGCGCCAUUGAUGUCGUGGCCCUGAACGAUGUGAAGCUGCGAUCACUUGACGGAAGCGUGCGACUGGAGUCAUCGAAAAUCCUGAUGCCCAAUUUGCGCACGGCACAGCCACCCAUAAUGGGCACUGCCCAGAGUCGGGAACACAUGCAUCGCGUCUUCCAGCUGUGCGCCUGCUCCAAUGGCAAACUCUUUCUGGCUGCCCCGCACUCGAUAUGCGCCGGUGAUGAUUCCACGGUAUGCAGGUGAUCUCACAGCAACAAGCGCUGGCUAUCGGCCACACAUAACGAUGGCGAAACUUAAAACUGGAGAGUGGAAAGCUAAAGCUAAAGCACCCAUCAAAUACAUAUGUUUGAUGCUUAUGCCAACUGGUAAACAUAAUGAAGUGAAGUGAAGUGA